AUGGCACAUUUAGGUUAUUCUGUAACUGAAACAAUUUAUCAUAAACAUGGCCAAAUUAUAAAACUUGUUUAUGAUUAUGAAGAACUGCAUGAAGAGACUGAACUUGAUGUAUCAAUAGAAGAACCAAAUCUUACUCAACAAAAUAGACGUUAUGAAGUAACAAUUAUGCGUGAUGAAUAUGAACGUAUGGCUCAAACACAUAAACUUGAUGAAGAUACUUUACCAUUUGAUAUUUUUGUACGUAUUGCACGACCAAUUAUGAUGGGAACAUAUGUUGGCAAUGAAUUACAAGAAGUAUUUAAUAUACUUGAUAAAGAUCAAUUAGGUGCAAUUGAUAUCGAUGAAUUAUAUGGUUUUUUACCAAUUGGUCGUUCUAAUAUUACUAAGGAAACAUUAUUACAUUAUAUAGGUAGUGAUAAUAUCGACACCAAACAAAAACUUAAUUUUGAUGAAUUUACAUGUAUGAUAUUACGUGGUAUUGGACGAGAUAUUAUAUGUGGUAAUAUCUAG